CGGCUUUUGCAUCCCGUUUUACACACAUGGAGAACUUCCCCGGGAUUAAACGUGGCCGACGAGCUCAGCGAUUUAAUGCAGGUCGCUGAACGUGUCCGUGCGCUCUCCUUCCAAACGGCAGCCAACAACGUGUGCUUCUACGGCGAGUGCUCCUACUACUGCUCCACGGAGCACGCGCUCUGCGGCAAGCCCGACCAGCUGGAGGGCUCGCUGGCCGCCUUCCUGCCCGACCUCGCCCUCGCCAAGCGCAAGACCUGGAGGAACCCGUGGAGACGCUCCUACCACAAGCGCAAGAAGGCCGAGUGGGAGGUGGACCCGGACUACUGCGAGGAGGUCAAACAGACGCCACCCUACGACAGCGGGACGCGGCUGCUGGACGUCAUAGACAUGACCAUCUUUGACUUCCUCAUGGGGAACAUGGACCGCCACCACUAUGAGACAUUCGAGAAGUUCGGCAACGAGACGGUCAUCAUCCACCUGGACAACGGCAGAGGCUUCGGGAAGCACUCCCAUGACGAGAUCUCCAUCCUGGUGCCGCUGAGCCAGUGCUGCAGAGUGCGGAAGUCGACCCACUUGCGCCUGCAGCUGCUGGCUAAGGAGGAGUUCAAGCUGUCCCUGCUGGUGGCAGAAUCCCUGGUGAGGGACCGCCUCAGUCCCGUCCUCAUCCAGCCGCAUCUGGACGCCAUGGACCGCCGGCUGCGCCUGGUGCUCAACAUGCUGUCCGAGUGCAUCGAAAAGGAAGGCCACAGCUACGUGGUGGAGGACGACCUGCAGGGCUACCGAGGGCCGGAGCGCGGCCCCCACGCCCCCCACGCCCCGCGGCGCAGGUAGCUGUCCGAAGGUAGGACGGACCCCCCCCCCUGGAGGGAGGAGACCCAGUUCCUCUGCUGAAAGCGGCCUCCUGAGCUCCGGACUCCUCGGAGGAUCGACCCGUGACGUCAGGUGUGCCUUCUGCGUGGUACUGGACCCCCCCUCCCCCCCCCCCCCACAUCACCUGGAACCCUUAAAUGAUCCGACCGGGACUCUUAUUGCAGGACGAUGCUGCACCAAACCACGAGAGUCCUCCAGGAGGCGCUUUGUCUUUCAGGACCCUUUUGAAUUCAGUGAAUUCUGAAUCAUGUGUUUAUUGUUGGUACCGAGUGUUUGAGUUGGACUCUCACAGGGAAGGAGGACGCAGAGGUGGACUUCCUGUUGUCUUAAUGAUCAAAACGAUGUUUCAUUUCAUCCACCUUUCUUUUUAUUUGAGUUCAUCCAGCUUUUAUGGUCGGUAUAAGACGGGGUGCAGGUUUACUCCCACUUUCUCUUUUGAUUUGUCCCAUAAAUGUUCCUUGUACCUGAGAGAGUAUUUAUUAGAAUUCCUAUUUAUUGUUUGGAAUGAACACUAACGGGUUCCUGGCGUCACAGAGGUGCUCCUCCUCGUUUGGUCCAGCGGGGGGCGCCAGCCCUCGGUGAUCUUCUCAUUCCAAGGACGGAGGUCGCUUCGAUUCCAACGCGUUUACAACACGAGGUUAGAUAAGUUACCAAAAGCCAAACUCUUUUAAAUUAUUGUUUCUUUGUAAUAUAUUUGAUGUCCAAAUGUUGCUGUUGUGGAGAGAUUAUUUUUCAGGGUGUAAAUUUCAUUGGUUUCCAACAGCAGACGUAACUGUGGGUUCAGUUGUUACACUCAGUAGAAACAUUAGUGCCUGUAAAUGAUAGAAACACUUGAAUGUCUGGUUUCACAGCUUUGAACUGAUGUGUGUGUGUGUGUGUGUGUGUGUGUGUCUAUGUGUGUGUGUGUGUGUCUGUGUGUGUGUGUGUGUGUGUGUGUGUGUGUCUACGUGUGUGUGUGUGUGUGUGUGUGUAUGUGUGUGUGUCUACGUGUGUGUGUGUGUAUGUGUGUGUGUGUGUGUGUGUCUACGUGUGUGUUUGUGUGUGUGUGUGUGUGUAUGUGUGUGUGUCUAUGUGUGUGUGUGUGUGUGUGUGUGUGUAUGUGUGUGUGUCUACGUGUGUGCGUGUGUGUGUGUGUGUGUGUGCGUGUGUGUGUGUGUGUGUGUGCUCUCAUUAAACACCUUCAUGACGUCUUCUUAAAGUGAAAACUAUUCUUUGUUGCUUUAUUUGAUUUUUCUAUUCAACUGAUGGUUCUUUUCUUUGCAUCAUGGUAAACGUGCAAUAAAACAAAAUGAGCAGAA